AUGUCAACCGAAGUUGCAUCACCUCCAACCUCUAAUACACCAACCACUCAAAUACUACCAUUAGAAUUAAUAGAAAAAUGUAUAGGAUCUAGAAUUUGGAUUUGUAUGAAGAAUGAGAAAGAGUUUGUUGGUACCCUUUUAGGUUUCGAUACUUAUGUUAAUAUUUUCCUUAAAGAUGUUAUUGAAUAUGAAAAUACACCAGAAGGAACAAAACAAAUUAAAUUAGAAUAUAUCUUGUUAAAUGGAAAUCAUGUUUGUUUGGUAAUUUAUCGAUCAUCUGUCAUCAUCAUUGAUUGA